AUGGCAGAUUGUCCAGAUACUAAAGGCAAGACCUCAUGGCCGGAGUUAGUUGGGCAAAACGGUAGGUUUGCCGAGGCAGUGAUCGAGCGGGAGAACCCAAACGUGGACGCAAUUGUGGUUUUAGAUGGAAGUCCGGAUACCACGGAUAUCAGGUGUGAUCGUGUACGUGUUCCGGUCAAUUACUCGGGCAUCGUGGUUCGUACUCGUACAGUUGGUUAA